AUGGGUUCUUCUAGCGGCUCUCACUCUACCAACCACACGCGGUAUUCCUCCCCUCGAGGUGGCAUAUCCCCCUACGCAGCACCAUACACGGACCGUCGAGCGAACUCUUACAACAGCGACUCGAGAGGCGGCAUGAUGAGUGACCGAGACGGAACUGAGGAGCCCAGCACGCAGCGGAAGAGAAUCGCAGUCGCGUGUAUGCGAUGCCGCAAGAGAAAGAUCCGGUGCACGGGAGACAGCGGAAACGGCCAGCCGUGCCUCAACUGCAAGAACGCCGGCUACGAGCCCUGCCAGUUCCUUCGGGUCUCCUCCCACGAAACCCACCUCAAGAACGAGCAGUUCUCCUACAGCCUCGAUGUCGCCCGCAGCUUCCAGGCCCGCGGUCCCGCCGUCGUGCCCCCGAUGCCCACGACCCCCUUGCCCUCACCGUACCCGGAGGCCCUCAGUAUGCCCAGCGGCGAGGCGCUGUCGUAUAGGAACGGCUCCGCCUCCGCCUACGCCUACGGCAGCAAGUACUAUCCCAUGUCGGCCUGGUCCGGCGGAUACGCCGACGACAGCAGCAUCGAGUAUUCGGUGUAUCCGCAGUCUUAUCCCCAGGACGCGUACAUGGUGGGCGCCUACCGCAUGGGGUCGAGCCCGGCAUCGUCGAAGCCGUCCAUGUACGUCGAGUCUGAUCCGGCCUCUGCCUAUGGCUAUCCUACCGGCCCUACCUCUGCCGCCGUUGGAGCUGCUGCCUCGACGGCGACGAUGGUUCAUCGCCCUGCUGCCGGUGCUGAAACAAACACGGGAUACGCCUAUGGAGGCAUAGCAUCUCUGAGCAACCCGCUCACCAACAGCGAGAGAAUGCUGCCCACGCCGCUAGCCCGGCCCCUGACCAGCGCUCCCCAGCAGCACCAGCACCAGCACCAGCACCCGCAUCAACACCAGCACCAGCAUCAGCAUCAACACCCCUAUCGAGCAGAGUCCAUCUCCUCCGCCUACAGCAAAACGUCCCAGUCCUCAGCAGGCAGCUCCUCCCCUGCGGCCCUCUCCGAGCCGUCAACCGCCUAUACCCCCUUCGAAAACCCCCCUCUAUCCUCCUACCCAACGCCCACCGCCUCCAACUCGCACCUCCACCGCAGCGAGUCCUACACCACGGCCUCGAACCCGUCCCUCGACUCCGUCAUGGCGCCGACCGAAGAGCCGCUACGCAUGACGGCGCCCGAGAUGACGUACAAGUACACGGAUACGACGAGGCGCUACGCGAGCACGUACACUGGGGCUGGUGCUCUGGGAGGCUAUCUGACGAGCAGCCAUGGGCAUUCGCCGUAUGGGAUGAGCGGCGAGGAGAAUGAGCGGAAGUCUGGCAUGCGGAGCUGA